AUGGGUGUCCGUUCUUUUUUCUCGAGGGCCGUCGUGGCGGCUCUUGCUGUGACAGGAUGUCAGGGAAUCCGCAUCAUCCAGUCCAAUGAUGACGGAUGGGCGGAGCUGUAUCUGCGGUCGUUCCACGACUCGCUCCUGAGUGGAGGCCACGACGCCGUGGUCUCGGCCCCGGCAGACAACCAGAGCGGUAGAGGCUCCCUGGACUCGGACCCGAGCCCUCGCACGGCAGCAUGCCAGUACGACAGCUGCCCGGCCAACACCAACGCGAGGACGGGCACCAACUCGUCCGACACCCGCCUGAACUGGGUCAACUCGUUCCCGGCGACGUCGAUCCGCUACGGCAUCAACAGCAUCGGCCCCGGCCGCUGGGGCGGCGCCGCGCCCGAGCUCGCCGUCACGGGCCCCAACGUGGGCUCCAACGUCUACCUGCAGGUGCAGUUCUCGGGCACCGUCGGCGCCGCGUGCUACGCGGUCGGCGAGGCGGGCUUACCCGCCAUCGCCUUCUCGGGCCUCACGGACGGCACCCUGGCGUGGAACACGGUGCCGGUCCCCGCGAGGAGCCUGAUCUACGCCGACCUGGCCGCCAACCUGACCAACGCCAUCAUCGACGCCGGCGCCCCCUACCUGCCGCCGGGCAUCUUCCUGAAUGUCAACUUCCCCGAGGUCACGGGCGAGUGCACCACGGCAGACGCCUUCAAGUUCGUCAUGAGCCGCAUCAACCCGCGCACCAUCUUCUCGGCGCCCGACGUCGACACGUGUGGCAGCACGGCGCUGCCCACGGACAAGAGCGUCGUGGAUGCGGCGGGGUGCCAUGUCUCCGUCAGUGUCGGGGAGUGCAGGGACAAGUCGACGGCCGACGCGGCGAACCAGAAGGUCGUGCUGGACAAGCUCGGCAGCCUUCUGACUUGCUUGCCCUGA